AUGGUUGUGCCAGAAAAUGGUCUUUCAGGAGCCUUGAAUGCAAAAGUUAUAGGCUCUGGCAACCAAGCCAUAAUUCUUGCACAUGGGUUUGGAGGAGACCAGUCUGUAUGGGACAAAAUCCUUCCCUGCCUGAUUAAUCAUUAUCGGGUACUUGUGUUUGACUGGAUCUUUUCAGGAGCUGUUAAAGAUCCAAAUCUCUUUGACCCUGUUAAGUACUCAUCAUAUGAGGCUUUUGCAAAUGACUUAAUCAGUCUCGCAGAUGAGCUUAACUUGAAAUCAUCUGUUUUUGUUGGCCACUCCAUGUCUGGUAUGAUUGGAUGCAUUGCUUCCAUUAAAAGACCUGAUCUUUUUAAGAGGCUCAUACUUAUUGGAGCUUCUCCCAGGUACAUCAAUGCUGAUGAUUAUGAAGGAGGAUUGAAGAACUCAGAGAUUGACGAUCUCAUUUCGAACAUGUCAUCCAACUUCGGUAACUGGGCUACAGCCUUUGCUUCUCUUGUUGUGGAUGCAAAUGAUCCUCUCUCAGUUGACAUUUUCUCAAAAUGUUUGCAAAGAAUGAGACCUGAGGUUGCCGUCCCUUUAGCCAAAACUGUUUUUUACAGUGAUGAAAGGGACAUUCUUGAGAAGGUUUUGACACCGUGCACUAUAGUCCAGGCCAGUAAAGACGUUGUGGUGCCAAAUUCUGUUGCUUACUAUAUGCAGGACAAGAUCAAAGGGGAAUGUACAGUUGAGAUCAUUGAAACUGAUGGGCAUUUUCCGCAUCUAACCGCACACCAGCAGCUCCUUGACGUGCUUACUGCCCGCAUGAGCUUAAAUGAGCCCACAAAUAUUUCCUCAUGA